AAAAUCAAUGGAAUGAAACUCAUCAACACCUGUCUCAAGUUUUAUUCCUAAUAACAACACAUGCUUCUUCAGAUAUUUAUCUAUCUUUCACAGCACAAUCACCGGCAGAACCUAAUAGUACACAACCAUAAAUUGGUUUUCCUAUACCUAUUCUUAUUUUAUAUAUUAUUUUUUCUUUUAUGUAGUUCCUCUUUCUUCAUCUACUUCAAAAACUAUUUACAUGGUUUUUAGAAUUUGGUAGGUUUAAUAAUAUAAUUUGCCAUUUUAGGAGAUACAAUUUUUCUUUGCCUUCCAAAGAUGAUGUCUGAAGAACCCUUUUCUUCUGUUCUUCCUCCCAACACCACCAUCACAAGCACCUUGGUUCAUCUCCAAGACCCAACCUCAAACCCUAGUAGCAAUAACUCAAAACCUAAUUCAAAUCAACCCACCAAGAAGAGGAGAAAUCUUCCUGGAACACCAGAUCCGGAUGCAGAAGUGAUAGCUAUGUCACCAAAGUCGUUGAUGGCGACGAACCGUUUCGUAUGCGAAAUCUGCAACAAGGGUUUCCAGAGGGACCAGAACUUGCAGCUGCAUAGGAGAGGACACAACCUUCCAUGGAAGCUAAAGCAGAGAAACAAGGAAGAACAAGUGAGGAAGAAGGUGUACGUGUGCCCGGAGAAGUCUUGCGUGCACCAUGACCCCUGUAGAGCACUGGGGGACCUCACAGGUAUCAAGAAACACUACAGCAGGAAGCAUGGCGAGAAGAAAUGGAAGUGUGACAAGUGUUCCAAGAAAUACGCUGUUCAUUCUGAUUGGAAGGCCCAUGCCAAGAUCUGCGGGACUCGGGAGUACAAGUGCGACUGCGGCACCAUUUUCUCCCGGAAGGACAGCUUCAUAACACACAGAGCAUUUUGUGAUGCAUUGGCUGAAGAAGGUGCAAGAAUAAACUCAGUUCCAACAACUUUGAGCAACUUGAUGGGUAGAAGAGAUCAUCAUCAUCACCAUCAUCAAUUAGCAACAAGUAGAAUCAUCCCUCGUCAUCACAUUCUUCCAAGUGCUGGAUUUCACUCGGAAUUUGGUGGUGGUGGUGGUAGUGGUGGUGGUUAUUAUUCAGAUCAGAAGCUGAUGAUGAUGAGGAACAAUAAUAUUCAGAUUCCACUAUGGUUAGACCAGGGCAAUAGCAAUAACAAUCAUAAUCAUGUUAGUGGCAUUUCAUCAAACACUAGUAGUGCAUGCACCAAUGGCAACACUAUCAUUAUGCCUCAUCAUGAUGUAGUGAACAACUCUAUGUUUGGAUCACAACAAUGGCAGCAGAAUCUAGAAGCAUCAUCAUCAUCACUCACAAACAAUAACAACAAUGCCAACGUGGCUAUGAUGAUGCCACCACCACAUGCAGGAUUAAAGCAAGAACAAGAUGAGAUGUUCUAUUUUGGUGCUAGUAAUUACCAUCAUCAUCACAUAAUGUUACAAAAAGCAUCACAAAUUGGAGGAGGUGAUGAGUUGGUGAAUUUGGAAGGUAGCAUCAGUAGUAUUCCUCCAUUAAUAUUGAAUCCAACAAGGAGGCCAUCAAAGAAUGAUAAUAAAGAUGAAGAUGAUGAACUGGGUUUAACAAGGGAUUUUCUUGGAGUUGGAGAAGAUGAAUCAACAAUGAGCAACACUAGGCCAUUGAUGUUACAGCAACACCUAGCUGACUUCACAGCCAUGGAUAUGCAUCAUCAAACCCACUACAGUAGUAGUAGUGGACAUUACUACUUACAGGUAAAUGAUGAAGAAAUAGAUGGAUGAAUGAUAGAGUGGACAAAAUAAAAGAAGUGAGUUGACUCGGGAAGAGGGGGAAGAAGAGAAUGGUGCAACUGUGCAAAUUUGAGAAAUUCACGUGACGUAUAUAAUCAUAGAAAUGACUCGUGAUGUGGGGGCCAUUGCAUUUUUUGCAUGUUGGAAGGGACAAAACAAUUUAGAAUAACUCCAAAUUGAACUCACAAGCCUGUGAGAUUCUCUUUAUACAUAUGGUCCCUCCCUCCAUGCAUGUCCAUCGUACAAACA